AUGGCUAGAGGCAAGACGGUUGAUUCAGACACGUUUGGCAGUGGUCCGCAUGGAGGUCGUGGCCGAGGACGCAGUACACGUGGACAAGGAGGGACUAUCCCUCCUUCUUCUUCAAGUAUGUCUAGGGCUUCAUCCUUUGCUCAGCCUCCCAUGCCACCAUCACUUCCUUCAGUUCCUUUCUCUUCUGCCCCAAUUCCUAGACCAGUAGAGUCUUCACCAGCUUCACAGUCACCUACUGUACCAGAGCCACGUAACAAAACUCAGUUUGGUGCGGAUUACAUAUAUCCAUCCUCUCGAGCAUCAAGGCAAAAUAUGAGGAUAAUCAAGCUACAUCCGGAUAAAGAUGGAUACACGUGGGAUGCCAUACCACAAGAGGCGAGAGACUUUUAUUGGAUACGAAAAAGCGGUAAGAAGCAGCAGUGCGUGUCUCAAGAGAUAUGGGAGAGCUGGCAAAAGGCUUGGGAGGAUUCUGCAUUUAUGAGAAAGCGUGAGAUAUUUGCACAAAACAGGCGAAGUGAGACUGGCGGUGAUGGAGCAGGACCUUCUCGACAAACAGGCGGAUCAAUAUUUGCUAUAGAGACAUCUCGAUUAUUAGUGAGUCAACUAGUCUAG